AUUGUGGAAUUAGCGCAGGCUUUAAGCGUGUGAUGGUUUAAGCUCCCCGAAACCUUCCCGGUCCCACCAUCGCGUUUCCACCCCCAGCACUUCGCCGCCGACGCCGACACCAAAGCUCCUCCGGAGCCGCUUCACCCGCGCUGGACACGGCUCCGGCUCCGCGGAGGGACACCGGGACCGCUGAAGAAAGCGCGGUGCAGGGCGGGAGCCGUAGUCCCGCCGAGCCGCCAUUUCGCCGGCAGCGUGCGGCCCGCGCUGAGCCAGCGGCAUGGAGAGCGGCUUCGGCUCCGACUUCGGCUCCGACUUCAGCUCCGGGGCUGGCGGCGGGGGGAAGCUGGACCCGGGGCUCAUCAUGGAGCAGGUGAAGGUGCAAAUCGCCGUGGCCAACGCUCAGGAGCUCUUGCAGCGCAUGACGGACAAGUGCUUUCGGAAGUGCAUCGGGAAGCCCGGCGGAGCGCUGGACAACUCGGAGCAGAAGUGCAUCGCCAUGUGCAUGGACCGGUACAUGGACGCCUGGAACACGGUUUCCCGAGCCUACAACUCUCGGCUGCAGCGGGAGAGAGCCAACAUGUGAAGCACUCCGGCUCCUGGAGCAGGGAAGGACCAUGUGGGCAAGGGAUGAGCGGCCAGUCCAGGUGGUUGGGGGUGAAAGCCUGCUGCCUUUCCAGCCCCUGCCAUGGCAGAGCAAUAAACCCUCGCUGAACCUUUUGCAUCCAUUGGCUUUUAUUAGCAACCAGCCUCAGGAGCGAGGGAAUUUUCCAGCCUCGAGAGCCACUGCGAGCUGCUUGGUUUGGUUCAUGCCCUCUCCAACGGUCCAGACUGACCAUGGAUCAGCUGAUAAAUCCCUGCUGGAAGGGCUGCGAGAGGCGAGGAGCGUUCUGUGGACAAGGAGCACCAAGCCAGCAACACAGUCCCCUUGCCCAGGAAGCAAGCAUGGACUCAGCCACCACACAGUUACCCAGGCCCUUCCCAUCAGCUGCCACACUUGGCUCUUUCUUCCCUUGUAUUUUUAUAGCUGUUUGGGGGGGCUCACUUUUGGGUUCGUAGGCUUUGACUCAGCUCAAGCAAUGUGUUGGGGAGCAGGGGUGCUCUUGCAGGUUUGCAGCACAGCCUUGCCGAUACUUGUGCAAGCACAGCUGGGGUUGGAAAGGGUUGGGAAAUAAUUUGGGUUGAGUUCAUUAUAGAAUAAAACAUAUUGUGUGGCUGUGA